CAUCCUGCACUAUAAGUAAGAGCGGAGGCGCCUUACAACUCAGUCGCAUACGAGCUCUUCAGUAAGAAGCAUCUCUACUGCGUUUUAGAGAAGAAAAACUCAAACCAAGUGUUAGCCAUUUUGAGAACGUUCUGGACUAAAAGAAAAGCUACACAAAGACAACCAUGCAGAUCUUUGUAAAAACUUUGACUGGCAAGACCAUUACGUUGGAGGUUGAGGCAUCGGACACCAUUGAAAAUGUUAAAGCCAAAAUUCAGGACAAGGAAGGAAUCCCGCCUGAUCAACAGAGGUUGAUUUUUGCUGGUAAACAAUUGGAGGAUGGACGUACCCUUUCAGAUUACAACAUUCAGAAGGAGUCUACCCUUCAUCUUGUCCUCCGUCUUAGAGGAGGCAUGCAAAUUUUCGUAAAAACUCUUACCGGCAAGACCAUUACUUUGGAAGUAGAAGCAUCGGACACAAUUGAAAAUGUUAAAGCUAAGAUUCAAGACAAGGAGGGAAUUCCUCCAGACCAGCAGAGGUUAAUCUUCGCAGGUAAACAAUUGGAAGAUGGUCGCACACUUUCCGACUACAAUAUCCAGAAGGAGUCUACCCUCCAUCUCGUCCUUCGUCUUAGAGGAGGCAUGCAAAUUUUUGUAAAAACUCUUACCGGCAAGACUAUCACUUUGGAAGUAGAAGCAUCAGACACGAUUGAAAAUGUUAAAGCUAAGAUCCAAGACAAAGAGGGAAUCCCGCCUGAUCAACAGAGGUUGAUUUUUGCUGGUAAACAAUUGGAAGAUGGUCGCACACUUUCCGACUACAAUAUCCAGAAGGAAUCGACACUUCAUCUCGUUCUUCGUCUGAGAGGAGGAAUGCAGAUUUUCGUGAAAACUCUCACUGGCAAGACCAUUACUCUGGAAGUCGAAGCAUCGGACACAAUUGAAAAUGUUAAAGCUAAGAUCCAAGACAAGGAAGGAAUUCCUCCAGACCAGCAGAGGUUGAUCUUUGCGGGCAAGCAGUUGGAGGAUGGUCGCACACUUUCCGACUACAAUAUCCAGAAGGAAUCGACACUUCAUCUCGUUCUUCGUCUGAGAGGAGGAAUGCAGAUUUUCGUGAAAACUCUCACUGGCAAGACCAUUACUCUGGAAGUCGAAGCUUCGGACACAAUUGAAAAUGUUAAAGCUAAGAUUCAAGACAAGGAGGGAAUUCCUCCAGACCAGCAGAGGUUAAUCUUCGCAGGUAAACAAUUGGAAGAUGGUCGCACACUUUCCGACUACAAUAUCCAGAAGGAGUCUACCCUCCAUCUCGUCCUUCGUCUUAGAGGAGGCAUGCAGAUUUUUGUAAAAACUCUUACCGGCAAGACUAUCACUUUGGAAGUAGAAGCAUCAGACACGAUUGAAAAUGUUAAAGCUAAGAUCCAAGACAAAGAAGGAAUUCCUCCAGACCAGCAGAGGUUGAUCUUCGCAGGUAAACAAUUGGAAGAUGGUCGCACACUUUCCGACUACAAUAUCCAGAAGGAGUCUACCCUCCAUCUCGUCCUUCGUCUUAGAGGAGGCAUGCAGAUUUUUGUAAAAACUCUUACCGGCAAGACUAUCACUUUGGAAGUAGAAGCAUCAGACACGAUUGAAAAUGUUAAAGCUAAGAUCCAAGACAAAGAAGGAAUUCCUCCAGACCAGCAGAGGUUGAUCUUCGCAGGUAAACAAUUGGAAGAUGGUCGCACACUUUCCGACUACAAUAUCCAGAAGGAGUCUACCCUCCAUCUCGUCCUUCGUCUUAGAGGAGGCAUGCAAAUUUUUGUAAAAACUUUGACUGGCAAGACCAUUACGUUGGAGGUUGAGGCAUCGGACACGAUUGAAAAUGUUAAAGCUAAGAUCCAAGACAAAGAGGGAAUCCCGCCUGAUCAACAGAGGUUGAUUUUUGCUGGUAAACAAUUGGAAGAUGGUCGCACACUUUCCGACUACAAUAUCCAGAAAGAGUCUACCCUCCAUCUCGUUCUUCGUCUUAGAGGAGGCAUGCAAAUUUUUGUAAAAACUCUUACCGGCAAGACUAUCACUUUGGAAGUAGAAGCAGCGGACACAAUUGAAAAUGUUAAGGCCAAAAUCCAAGACAAGGAAGGAAUUCCACCUGAUCAGCAGAGGUUGAUCUUUGCGGGUAAGCAGUUGGAGGAUGGUCGCACCCUUUCCGACUACAAUAUCCAGAAAGAAUCAACCCUCCAUUUAGUUCUUCGACUGAGAGGAGGAAUGCAGAUUUUCGUAAAAACUCUCACUGGCAAAACCAUCACUCUGGAAGUCGAAGCUUCGGAUACGAUUGAGAACGUUAAAGCUAAAAUCCAAGACAAGGAAGGAAUUCCUCCAGACCAGCAGAGGUUAAUCUUUGCAGGAAAACAGCUCGAAGAUGGCCGCACGCUCAAUGACUACAACAUUCAAAAAGAAUCUACUCUCCAUCUUGUUCUCCGACUUCGCGGAGGUCUUUAAAACCUUAGAAUCUCUCGUAAUUAAUUUUUUCUACGGAAAUAAUUGCACCGAUACAAAGUAUAUUCAGUCAUUGAUUAAAAGAAAAUACACAAACUCGAGAGAAAUCCCUGGUCUUUUAUUUCCUUUUUGUACACACGCUACGUGCUUACAUGUGAUAUUAAUUUCUAUCCUCGUUGAGAUGUAAUAAAAUAUGGGAGAUUUUAACCUA